AUGCACCCCUCUACCUUUGGUAAACGGGUUCCCUCUUCUCGCAUCCUGCUUUCUAAAAACCGCCCUCCUCCUCUGAAGUCAUGCCUUGCCGCAGCGGACUCUGAUCGGGACUCCCCCCCCUCUGGAGAGCCUUGCGUCCGGAAGACAGUACACUUCCCCGACGACAAGUGCUUCCUCGAACGGGUCAGGGAAAUCCCGUGUCGACCAAAUCGGAACAAGAAGGAACUCUUCAAAAGUGGCCGGCUCGCGGAGACGAAGUCAUUCAUCAUGUACACUUCGAAUCCUCUGGGCUCCAACCAGAGGUUCCUCUCCAAGCAUCCUGGAGGUAGUGGGCCUCAGUACGCCACGCAGUCCCCAUGGGUCAGCGUUGUACGUGCCCGUUACCUCGCUGCGAGGUAUUCGUCUGCCCCACGUGCUCCGCAGUCCACACCUUCCUCCGAUGGAGAUGUUUCAGCGCACGAGUCUUCCUUUGAUAUGUCUUCACUGGAGGAUGCCCUGCUUGAGCCUACCCCCAGUAGCUCACUGCAUGAGUCUUCCUUCGACAUGUCCUCCGUGAGUCAUGCGCUGCCUGAUCCUGACGUGACUUUCGACAUGUCCUCUUUGGCCGAUAGCCUGCCUGACAAGAGUGCCUUCAAUAUGGCUUCGCUGAUGGAUGCCCUGCCUAAGGUUCCCCCCCCCGGUUCACCAGAUGGGGUUACCUCUGACAUGUCCUCCCUGAUGCGUGCACUCCCCGACUUUGAUGCUCCCUCUGUUGCAUCGUCCCUUGCACGUGCCCCCAAGUCCAUGGCUGCGACCCACUCUCGCGAGUCUCGCAAGCUAGCUCCAAAGGUUCAUGCGCGUGUGGUUCAGACCCGCGUCGUCCAGGUUGGCCCGUUCUCUGCCACCUGUUUCAUCAACCUUUGUGGGCUCAUGGUUUUGUUGGGCUCGUUCUUCCCAUGCCUUGCCCCAGCAUUUUAUGCUGCGCUUGUGCUCCUCUUUAUCUAUGGGACGUGCUUCUUUUGA